AUGACUGAUUGAUCUACAAAUAACAAUGAGUCGUUAUUUAUGACGGACGGUGAUUUGUAGAUCAAUCAGUCGGCAGUCUCCUCCACUGUCGGCUGCAAUGUCGAACAAGCCUAUUAAUGUCAACAAACCCCAUAUGAUCGUGCGACGCAAGCACGCUUCCUCGACGCAGCGUCAAAUAUUUUGUGAUGAAGGAGGAGCCCAGGGGGCUGCUACCAGAGCAGGUACACCCAGUGAGGGGAGGGAGAGACCAUGGACCUGAGUGAGAGGAGGCCCAACAAGUGGUGGACAGAGUCGGACACCUUCGCCAUGCUAGCCCUCAUCGAGCAGCUUGACCUGGUGCAUGAGCUGGAUAAGAAGCGCCAGCGCAAUGACUCACACUUCCGCCGCCUGCGCUACAGCCUGGCCAAGCGGGACAUCCACUUCACUGUCAACCAGAUACGCAACCGCUGGAAGAGCCUCAAGCACAAGUACCGCAAGAUCAAGAUGGCAGGAUACCGUAGCGCCGCUGCACGCCUGUCCACCAUCGAGUCGUUCCGUUACUUUCGUAUGCUGGACCGCAUGCUGGCCAGGAGGGCCCGGGUGGGGGCCCCAGUGCAAGGCAUUGCAGAUGGACACAAUAUGGUGGUGUUGACCCCUUCAGACCUGGAGGAUCAUACUGAUGGUGAUGUUGCUCAGCCCGAAUCUGUGGCCCCUUGGCAGGACAGCCUGGCUCCAGCUUUAGAGGGAGAAGCAGACGAGACCAAUGCCAUCCCAAUAGAGGCCAACGUCAGCACUCCGGGCUGGGCCUUGAAGUCAGACGAGAUAAUGACUUUGGGUCUGUCUGGAGAGUAUCUUUACCCAGUGAAGAGUGAGCCACAUUCAGUACCCUCUUUACAUGAUGGUGAGGGAGCUAAGGAUCCCACUGGCUGCAGUCCAGAAGAACAAACUGGCACUUGUGAGGACACCAGCACCCUGAUCCUCCAGCAGCUCACCAUCCUGAACCAUCAGCUAGGGGAACAGCUCGCUGAGCAAAGGGCCUUCCACUGCAGCAUGCUGGGUAUGAUGGACCGACAGAUAGAGGUCCUGGAGCAGUUCUCCAACUUCUCCACAGGCCGUCAGGUCAAGACCGAACCCGAUGACAGUAACACUCCUAUCAGCCAGCAGGUCCACAACUCCCUGGUGCGCAUCUUGAGAGGAGUGGAACAGGUCCAAACCCAAGGACACCAGCUGUGCUCAUGCAAGGCCUACCCCUCACAGCCUACAUCUCCCUCCUGGACAGUCUCUCUGUUGGAGGUCCACAAAGAAUCACCCUCCAGGGAUGAGAACUCAACUAGUGACACAUCCAACCCUCAGCCCUCAGACCAUGGGCGUCCUGAACCUCAAGGACCAUCCCCCUCAGAGCAGCUUCCCACUUCCCCACAGAAGGGUGUUCUGCUUAACGGACUCUCAAACAAGUGCCAGCACAACUGAGUGCUCUUGAAGCUUCAUUCUGACAGAGGAGAGCAUACACUCUUAGAAAAAAGGGUUCCAAAAGGGUUCUUCAGUUGUCCCCAUAGGAGAACCCUUUUAGGAUCCAGGUAGAAUCCU